AUGAUUACUGAUAGAGAUAGUAUUACCUUGAAAGAGCAAGUAAUAUUUUAAGGAGGCCAAGAAGGCAAGAGAGUCUGGGAAGCAGGAAUCGCAAUAUCCAGAUAUAUUAUCUCAAAUAAAGGCUUAUUCCAAGGAAAAGCAAUCCUUGAUCUUGGAAGUGGCACUGGAAUAGGAGCAUUAACUCUGAUGAAGUUCACUGAGGCUUAAAAAGUUAUUCUUUCAGACUAUACUGAAGAAAUUUUAGAGCUAUUAACAUAAAAUAGAGCUCUUUAGCCUCGGUCUCAAGUAGCUGUAGAUACAAAAUUAGUAGAUUGGACAAUAUAAGAAACUUAUGAAUAGCUGUAUGAAGUUAAAAUUGACUUUGUAAUAGCGACAGACGUGAUAUACAAAGGCUCGCCUUAUGAUCAUUUAGCCACUUUACUAUACAUAUUAGCUGAGAAAUAAAACCCAAGAAUUCUGAUUAUAAUACCAAGGUAGCGAGAUUGCUGUCAAGACUUUCUUAGAAUAAUGAAAGAAAAAGGUUUCAAUUGGACUGAGACUGAACUUAAUGAUAAUCUUUAUUCUUAAAAGGCUCUUGAAAAUCAGAAAGAUAGUGAUAAAUUUUAUCCUGGUCUGAAAUCUCUCAAUUUUGUUUUAUAUACUUUUAACUUAUGA